CAACCCUUGUGUGACUGAGAGCACCUCCCAGUCCAUCCUUCUCAAAGCAACAGAAAGAAAAAAUGAUAUUGUGGCUCCAUUUUGUAUUCUUGUUUGUGCUCUUUAAAGAUGUCCAGUCACAGGUACGGUUGGAAGAGUCUGGAGGGGCUGUAAAGAGGCCUGGGGAGUCCCUCCGCCUCUCCUGCCAAGCCUCUGGGUUCACAUUCAGCAGCUACCAAAUGCACUGGCUGAGACAAGCUCCUGGAAAAGGUCUGGAAUGGAUUGCACUGAUAUACACUGAUGGGAGCCAACAAAGGUAUGCUGACACUUCUUAUGCUGAUGCUGUGAAAGGGCGCUUCACCAUCUCUAGGGAUAAUUCCAAGAGCCAGCUGUAUUUGCAAAUGAACAGCCUGAAAGCAGAGGACACCGCUGUGUAUUACUGUGCAAGAUACACAGUGACAGGAAGUAUCCAAUCACAGGUGCAGUUGGUGGAGUCUGGAGGAGAUGUAAAAAGGCCUGGAGAUUCCCUCCAACUCUCCUGCCAAGCCUCUGGGUUCAACUUUGGCAGCUAUGGCAUGAACUGGGUGCGGCAGGCUCCUGGGAAAGGACUGGAAUGGGUUGCAGGGAUAUGGUAUGAUGGGAGCAAGCAAUACUAUGCUAAUUCUGUGAAAGGACGCUUCACCAUCACCAGGAACAAUCCCUCAAACAUGCUGUAUCUGCAAAUGAAUAACCUGAAAGCCGAGGACACUGCCAUGUAUUACUGUAUCCAAUCACAGGUGCAGUUGGUGGAGUCUGGAGGGGAUGUCAAAAGGCCUGGAGAUUCCCUCCAACUCUCCUGCCAAGCCUCCGGGUUCACCUUCAGCAGCUACCGCAUGAACUGGGUGCGGCAGGCUCCUGGGAAGGGACUGGAAUGGGUUGCAUGGAUACACGAUGAUGGAGCUGUACAAUACUAUGCUGACUCUGUGAAAGGGCGCUUCACCAUCACCAGGAACAAUCCCUCAAACAUGCUAUAUCUGCAAAUGAAUAACCUGAAAGCCGAGGACACUGCUAUGUAUUACUGUGCAAGAGGCACACCUUCUCCAAUGUCCUUCUUUAUAUCUAUUGACCAGAAUGUGAAUCACUGCAAAGCUAUAGAACGGAAGAUGAGAUUGUGGUUUGCGUUGGUUUUCUUUUUAACAUUCCUCAAAGGUAUCCAAUCACAGGUGCAGUUGGUAGAAACUGGAGGGGAUGUCAAAAGGCCUGGAGAUUCCCUCCGCCUCUCCUGCCGAGCCUCCGGGUUCACCUUCAGCAGCUACGACAUGAACUGGGUACGGCAGGCUCCUGGGAAGGGACUGGAAUGGGUUUCAUGGAUACGCAGUGAUGGAGCUGUACAAUACUAUGCUGACUCUGUGAAAGGGCGCUUCACCAUCACCAGGAACAAUCCCUCAAACAUGCUGUAUCUGCAAAUGAGCAACCUGAAAGCCGAGGACACUGCCAUGUAUUACUGUGCGAGAGACACAGUGAGAGGAAGUGGAUCUGAAGCUAGACAAAAACCCUGCUUUGCUACUGACAGCUGA